AUGCUUAGAAAAAGUGUCAAUCAAUCGGUUAGUAUUAAUAAGUCGACAUACCGUUCCCCACAUUGGAAACUACUAUCAGACGGAACGGUAACACAUUUGGGUAGUAAUAAUAGUAGCGAUAAUCCAUUUGAUAAGCUAUCAUAUCAUAUAAGAAACGAUCAAAUUUGCGACAAUAUUAUUAUUAAGGAUAAGAUUAUCAUAAUAUUUAUUGAAUCCGAAACAAUCAAUUUUCAUAGACGACUAACUAUUAGGCAGACUUGGGCACAGCGACAGCUACAGAAUGAUCAACAGUUUAAAGUGGUAUUUGUAUUGGGAUUGCCAUCAAACAGAAAAAAAACUGAUGGACAUCGACAUCCACAUCCAGUUGAGUCCAGUACUGCUGAUGACAUACAGGAUAAAAUCAAUGAAGAAAACGAAAUGUUUGCAGAUAUCAUACAAAUCAAUUUGGGCGAAGAUUUUCAACACCUGACACACAAAUCGAUGGCUAGUAUUAAAUGGUUUCUCGAUUGGUGUCCGUUUGGUUACUUUUAUUUCAAGACAGACGACGAUAUUAUGAUCUAUACGAAGAAUUUGGUCGGAAGUGUCCGAGAGUUUAUGGCCAACGAUGACGACAACAAAGUGGUGACCAAUUCGAUGAUCUUUUGCCGACAAAACCCUAACCGAAAGAUUAUCCGGUCGUUUGAAAAAGUAUCGCAAAUGAUGACCUCAUAUCGCCGCCGGUCAGCCAAUCGGCACCAAUUGAUGGCCGAUUUGAUUAAAAAAUUAUUGAAAUACAAAAUCAAUUAUUCACAACUGCCUGGUCUUUAUUAUCCCAGCUAUUGUUCAGGUUUUGGAUACGGCUUUUCCCGACCGGUAGCCGACAAACUAUAUCGUACAGCCCUAACAAUACCGUAUCUGCAGAUUGAAGACGUUUUCGUAACCGGUCUGACCCGACAAAAAGCCAACAUUGGUAUCAAAAAUACCGAUCGCCUAACACUGAGACCACUUGCGAGGCCGUCUACCGAUACUGUGUGCAGUAUUUUCGGUAACAACGGCCGAAUUACAAGCAGUGAACUGACACCGCAACAGAUGCGCCAAAUUUGGACCAAUAAUGCCGGCGCUGAAGACACUAAUUGUUAGUCCAAACAACAAAAAAUUGUUUGGCUUUGUAUGUCAUAUAUAUAAUAC